AUGAGCGACAGUAUCCUUCACAACAAAUGGAGAAGAUCCCAGUCGCGCGGGAUUUCAUACUCCAUACAUACUAAUUACUAUUACGAGACUUACAUAAUAUGUGGCAACGUGAAGAUGAUCUCAGAAAUAGUGAAAGUGUUCCUAGUAAUAAUAGAAGACAACUGCAUUAUUACUGGUAUCUACAGGCCUAAUCCCACGAAUGUACAGGAUUUUGUAAACAAUUUGGAUUCGUAUUUGAGAAGUACUGCAAACUGUGACAUUUCGUUGUUGGUGGGUGAUAUAAAUAUAGACUUAUUGAGAGAACAUGAAUACAGUAAUUUAAGAUACGUGAAUAUGUUGCAACAGAACGGAUACACCAGACGUAAGAAUUGCCUCCUGUUAAGAUUUAACCACUACAUUUUUCAUAAGUGGGGGCCAAUGGUCUCUUCAACUAACGCUACAGAUAAACCUUGCACAAGAAAUUUAAGCUUCCUAGGCCCUGAACCAUACCAUCACAGUUUGUCAAAUUUAACAUGA